AUACCGUUCUAAUACUUGGCCCUUUCCAAAAAGACGCCUUCAGCAUAGUUCUCUGCAUGUUCCUUGAGCGGUAAACUCUCCCCAGCAAGUCGCCUAACUGGGGAGAGCCCGACCCGAGGAGAACUCCGCCCGACCAAGCCGCAAAUAGCUUGACCCCCGGAGUUCUGUAUCGACGAUGGCAGCAUCGUCACAUAAUCCGUUCCCUCGUUCCCCAAAUCCAUCUACCAGGUCGUAUGACUCUUCGUCAGUCUCGUCUGCAACUUCUCCUCGGCCGCAGGUCCAACUCUUAGGAAACUUGAUGAGUUCCAACGCGAGAACGAAUACCUCUCAGACGCCGCAGCCCAUAGGCAUUCCGCCCAUGCCGCCGGCGACACAAACAGGAUUUCAGCCGUAUACGCCAGUUACGGCAACUUCCGUGAUGGGCCGAGACUCGCUGCCCCCGACGGAGUCGGUAGCGAGUACUCCGGGGCUGUCAAGCGCUCAAUUAUCCGCGAACGUCUCGGCUCAAAAACGUGCGUACCGUCAGAGGAGGAAGGACCCUAGUUGCGAUGCCUGUCGGGAAAGAAAGGUCAAGUGUGAUGCUACAGAAACGACAAGCUGCUCAGAAUGCUCAAGCCGCAACGUCAAGUGUCAAUUUACCAAGGAGACCAACCGGCGGAUGUCUUCUAUCAAACAAGUGCAGGAUUUAGAGAAACAGAUAGAGAGGGUACGGAGGGAAAACAGCAAUCUGCGGCGGACUCUCUCUGAACGGGGCGAGCCGAUGGACAUCGAAGUGGAGGGAGCUGAUCAGUCGCCACAGCCGCUUCUCCCGGAGUUGAACUCCGAACCCAGGAGACGGAAGCGAGCAGCGCCUUUACUGCAAGAUCCCUCUCGAGCGAGGGUGGCUUUUCGAAAUUUCUCAAAGGGCGUAUUAAAACCUCCGGCGCCGUAUCGACAGCCUCAAACCGUUAUUGCUACGUUCGAUCAUCCUAGACCGCCAUUGCCGCCUAAAGCAGCGGUGGAUAAACUGCUUCACACAUAUUACGGAGCAGCACACAUCAUGAUGCCAAUACUGCAUUGGCCAACAUUACAGCACCAGGUGGAAGAGCUUUACCAAAAUACUACUGACCUGCAGCGAGUUCCCGUCUCUUGGCAUUCUAUGUUCUUUGCGGUAUUAGCGGUGGGAAGUCUUUUUAGCAACGACCCGUAUCCCGAUCGGACACUACGGGCCACCGAGUUUCUAGAGGCAUCCAGGAGCUUGACGGAUCCGUGGAAUAACGAUUUCGACCUGGACAACGUUCGAGCCUCUUUUCUUACCUCGGUCGCCUUAAACGAGUUGAAUCUGAAGUCGGGAGCCUGGACAUGGCUAGGAACUGCUGUGCGGAGCGCACAAGAUCUCGAUCUUCAUCUAGAAGUGGUUGGUGUGCGUUCUAGAGUAGAGGCGGACAUGAGAAGGAGGGUCUGGUGGGCGAUAUACAUACUCGAUCGAGCACUAUCUAUGGAGCUUGGGCAUCCAUUUAUGAUCGACGAUGCCGACUGCGACGUAGCCCUGCCCGAGCCGUUCGACGACCAUUUCCUGCACACCGAAGGCCCCGUGUGUCCCCCAAAUGUCGCGCCCCUAACUCACUUUCUGCACGGUAUCAUCAACGUGGCGAGGUCCUACUCCGCUAUGAGAAAAGCCUUCUCUAACCCCAUAAUCGAGCCGCCACGAUUAGCAACCUUCGAUAAUCACUUUGUUUCCUGUCAAAAGAUGUUUCCAGAAGCCUGCGAGGCAAAUAACGGCUCUCUCAUCGCUCCGCACAUGCUAAUGCCUCUUGCAUAUCUCCUUAGUUCUCGGCUACUUUUACAUCGCCAUAAUCUUGCUCCGGGCUGCCCUCCCGAAGCUAGAAACGAUGCUAUUCAGCAGUGCAAAGCCACAGCGAUAGAAACUGCGAAUUUGAUUGCACGUACUAACGCAACGCUUGCGGAUACAGCCACAGCUCUUCUCGUAACCCAUAUAUUUCGAUCUACGCUCUUCCUACUCCUAACGGGUUGUUACGACCUAGCCUCUACGUGCCUGAGGGCUCUCAAGUCGAUCGACGUGCGGCGAGAUAUCGUUAUUCCGUGCGGACGCUUCUUAUCGUUUUUCCUACAGAUCCUAGGAGCCAAGCAGCGAGACUUGCUAACCGGACUCCCACGUUCUGCGACGCCAGGUUUCCCCCCGGCUCUGCCUGACCCCAGAGCCGUCCAAGAGGCUUUAUCAAAGGACGAAGAGCUCUUGAUUUACGUGAGUGCGGAUAUGCAGGCUAAUAUCGAGACGUCUUGGGUGUGGAUCGGAGCCGAACGCGAAGCCCCUUUAACGACUCCCCCAUCAUCUACCGGAGGUGGCCUCGCACACCCAGAUAACCGAACGGGUUUGAGCGCCGAAGAAAGAAAGGAUUGGGGAGGAUGGGAUAAUCUAAUAGAUCUUACUAUGAGCCUGGCUUCCGGCGUGGCAAGCCCGGCUCCCGGUUAUGCACCUCGAGCGCAGACGCUACCUCCGAUUAAGGUAGAGCAGGGAGCGAACAUACCAGGAGGCGGGACCACCGAAAUUGGGGGGAGUAGCAGGAACAGCCCGACCGCCGGAGCAGCAUCAGGGAGCCGGAGUACGGAAAGGAUCAGCAUCGCGAACAUAAUUUAAGAAACAUCCAGGCCGUCAUCAAUAAGGGGAGAUUGGGGUGCGCAAAAAAAAGGGGGUGAUGGAUGGCACCGGACGAGACUACGAACAUGACGAAUGGACGGACGAAAUACCCCCGUUUAUUCAAUUUUUUUCCAGUUAAAUUUCGCAUGAUGGCGCUCUUGGAGGCUUCC